AUGAUGAAACAGAAGACCCUGUAUAAACUGCUGGCAUUGACAUUGACAGUUACUCAGUAUACCGAACUGCUGUGGGAAACAGUGGCUAAACAGCGGGACUCGAAAAAGUACGUUCCAGUUGCAUCGGUAGGAACUAUGAACAGCCGGUGGAAAACCAUUAUCGGCAUUGAAUCGUUCAAAUCGGCAUUGCGACUGGCUUUAAUAGCAGUAUCCAAACGUCAGCUUGUAACUCCUCCUAUUCCUGAACGAGAAUAUGAUCCGGGUCAAGGUCCACCGCCUAAAGACCCGCAACAACCUCCACAAUCAGGACUGCUGUCUAAUAACGGGUCUCCUAGCGCAUCGGGAUAUCUUGGAGACAGUAGUGUGAGCUCGUUAUCGUCGUCGUGGAUCAUGCCUCGUACAGGCACUCCACUACCAGAAACGCCAAUUGACUCGAAAUCGUUUCUGACUAGUAAAGUGCUUCAACUCGAAGAUGUACAGCAUCCAUUUGAUCUACUGACCAAACUGAAUUUCCGUCCUCCGUCAAAAGCACUUGUAGCCGAGCUUCUGUACAUUUUGCGACCGCUGAUAUAUGCAUUAUUAGCGUAUAAAUACCGCAGCAGACCGAGAAACUGGACUCCUUGGCUGGCAGGCAUUGCUUUAGAAUACUACUCUCGCCGGCUCGCCAUGCAACAUUACCAAGAAACACUUCCACGAGGACUCAACUCGGCCAGUAAACUGGAGGCCGACGAGCUCAAAAAGCGGGCGACCGUGCUGUGGUGGUGGUCCGUCCGCGGAGCCAUGUACCACACCACAGUUCGUCCCGUGCUCCACGGAGUGGUAUCCCGAACCGAAAACGUGCCCCUCGUCAACCUGUUUGGCUCGAUUCUCCAAGACUACCUCUACCUGCUCGACAACUACCACUUCUCGUCCAGCUCUCUGUAA